GUUUAUAGCCAUGUGGGUCCAUAUCCAAUUAUGACCCAGUGACACACAAUGAGAACAGUCGUUAGGUCAAUGGUUUUUCACCUUCCUUUCAAGCAGUCUACGGGAGAGCAGUAUCUUGCGGAGACAAUUGCAAUACACAACAUCGAAACUGCAGGCAGUGCAUUUUGUUGUUGCACAAUUAGCACAGAUUACUAUCUUGUUUUCAGGAAUGGUUAAGAUAAAGGAAAACAUUAAAGAAAAAAAAAAAAUAUAUAAAAAUUGUGUUGAGUAAUUAUGAGCAGUUACAAAAGUAAAAAUAUAAAUAUGAGAAGGCUUUCUCUUCAGUCAUAACGAUCACAAACUCUGAGGGCAAUUCUGGACAGCUUGAGCAUUAACUAUGAGACCAGUUACUAUUAUUCUCAUUCUGAUCGUUGUCAUCGCCGCUAUGGCGUUUGCUGACAAUCACAGGAGACAUCGUCGACGACAUGACCAUCAUCAUCACCACCACCAUCAUCACCACCAUCAUCACCGCCGUCGUCGUCACCAUAGCCGUCACAGCGGGAGUAGUAGCAGCAGCUCAAGUAGUGAGGAGACUAUCAUCGUUCAUCAUCACCAUUCUAAGCCAUCUUCCUCACCAUCAUCUGGCUCAUCAGGUGGCUCCUCCGGCUGCUCCAGCUGUGGAGGCAGCUCCCAGUCCUCAUCCUCGUCCUCCGAGGACUACCCCAUCCCAAUCCCCGUCCCCAUCAGUCAAGGAGGCAGCAGUGGAAGCAGCAGUGGAGGAUCUUCUGAUGCUGCUCUCCUGCAGGCUCUCAUUAACGUUGGAAAGAAAUAAGCUUUCUCAGUACAGAUGGCGAUUUCAUGGCUGAAGCGUUUUGCUUUAUAUGAAGCUAAGGGGAUUGGGACGCCUUGGGUGAUUGCAG